AUGGGAAGCUUUCAUCGCCGGACUUUUUCUUACGAUAAACUUCCGACAGAACCCAUUAGGCUCUCGGUUCGCAAACUAGAUGGCUCUUCUUUCGAUGUUUGCGUGUUGAGCUCGGCUACCGUUGGGGAUCUCAAGCUUGCCAUAGAGACUGCCUUCAGCCACGUCCCCAAGAAGGGACCCUCCAAGAUCUCAUGGCCACAUGUGUGGGGGCAUUUUUGCUUGUGUUUUGGGGGUCAGAAGUUAGUCAUGGAUACGGAGGGCAUCGGAAUUUAUGGGAUGAAGGACGGUGAUGAGGUUAGGUUCAACAACCAUGUGUCGGGAAAUGCGAUAUUGAGCAAGGGAUAUUCUAGAAAAUCCAAACAAAAGAAUUCUCUGAUAGUGACAAAGGAGGAAGAUGAGGAAGUGAAUAGAAUAGUGGAGCUUGAUCACGACUCUUGGGAUGAUCUCGAGAAAGGAAGCUUAGUGAGGUACGGUCCGUACGGAGAUAAUGACUUAGAAGCUUCCCUAGGUGAAAGCAGAACUUGUCUAUCCACAGUCCCAGGUUGCUGUUUUGUUUUGGGUUUAAAGGAGCUCUUGGGGUUUGGUAAUGACCGAGGAUAUUACUCUUUGAGGGAUACGUGGAGAGACGAUUGA